CUUAACAUUUAAUCUAAUCUGAUCAAUGUUAAUCAGCACCCUGACAGUUAUAUCUUUCUGCAAUAACGACCCCUUAAAAAGGCAGAUUUGCUGAAAACAAUGGAGCCCGAAACAGUGCCAUCUGCCUCCCAAACCCAAAAGGCUGUGGAGAGCACUCCUGCCGAACUUCCUGUCGAGUCAGUCCUAGAGGUUCCCGCGGAGAAUGAGCAACCCAAGGACACCCCUACUACUAAGAUGCCUGCCGAGCCAACCCCAGUAGUUGCAGCGGAAACCGAGCAAUCCAAGACUGCCGAGACCUCCCUAGAGACUGUUGUAGAGAAGCAGCAGCCCGAGACCCCUCUUUCGAAGCUCUUUGGAGAGCUUCCCAAGCUCAUCGUUGAUGCUGAGCACGGUGAGAUGUGGGGCGUGAAGCUCGAGGACGCCACCAAUGUUCCAACCACCAUCAUCCUUCAAAAGUUCCUUCGUGCAAACAACAAUGAUGCUGCCGAAGCCAAGACGCAGCUCCUUGAGGCCUUGAAAUGGCGCAAGAAGGUGGACCCGCUGAAGCUCCUUACAGAGGUCGAGCACAACAAGGAGAAGUUCGGAAACCUUGGCUAUGUCACUACCUACAACGCCACCGGUACCCAGAAGGAAAUCAUCACCUGGAACAUCUACGGAGCAGUCAAGGACAUCAAGGGGACCUUUGACAAUGUCGAAGAGUUCAUCAAAUGGCGCACUGCUCUGAUGGAGCUUUCAAUCAAGGAGCUCGAUCUUGCCUCCGCCACCGAGAAGAUCCCCGACGGCGGCCCUGACCCCUACCGCAUGAUCCAAGUGCACGACUACCUCAACGUCAGCUUCCUCCGCAUGAACCCGAGCGUCCGUGCCGCUUCCAAGACGGCAAUCCAGACCUUGGCCAUGGCGUACCCAGAGCUGGUCAAGGAGAAGUUCUUUGUCAACGUGCCUUUGGCCAUGGGCUGGGUCUUUGCUGCUCUGAAGCUGUUCUUGAGCGCCGAGACGAUCAAGAAGUUCCACCCUUUGAGCUAUGGAGGAAGUUUGGCCGGAGAGAUUCCCGAAUGUGGAGUCCAGUUGCCAGAGGUUUAUGGAGGAAAGGGAGUGCCCUUGACUGAGGGCGGACUGGUUGUCAAGUACGGCAACGUGGAGGAGCACGAGCCCGAGUCAAAGUGAACAAUCACAAGACGCUGAAGGGACACAUGUAACACAACAAAGAUGGCAGACGCUCUUGCGGUAAAAUUCAUU